UUACAUCCGCCAUGUUAUAUGUAUAAUACUUAGAUUCAAAAAAGACUGUAAGAAAUAUAAAGGGGAUGAAAGUGAGGUAAGAGGGGGAGAGUAAGUGAAGGUAGCCGCUGAGGUGGGCUCAAAGGGGGGCAAGACUAGUAUCCCUCGGAAAGCUUUUCGUUCCUGUAAAUAGGGAUGAGAUGGAUCUUGGAGAACAAUGCAGUGUCCCGCUCCUGUGUUACUCGUCAACUUUAGGUGAUGACAUGCAGCUUUGUUACGAGAUACUCAACCAACAAGAGUUGGGCUGAAGUCCAUGACCUCUCAUAUUAGCGAGAUGCAUCAAGUCUCGCAUAAGCCUACGGGCGAGAGAUGGGGGCCAAGCACCUUCAAGAUAGAUUACCUUCUACAGAAUUUGGCAAAGCUAGCCGAUAAGUUCAUCUGAUGGAUCAACUAUACCUGCUGUGCCUCCCCACCACACAUAUUUCCGGGAUCUAGAGACUUUCCAAGGUUACUAUGAGCGUCACAGACAAAGACGACCCCGUAUUCUGGAAGCUGCAAGAUGUCGAGCCUACAUACUGGGACGAGUACAUCGCCACCCGUCCCGUCUACGGCGCCAAAAUAUUCCAGCGCAUCUACGACUACCACGCCAGCCACUCCCCAUCCCGCCUCGCCGCGCUAGACAUAGGCACGGGUUCCGGCUCGGCCAUCGGGCCCCUGGCCCAGCACUUCGACCACGUCGUCGCCAGCGACAACGACCCUACCAGUUUGGCCUUUGCACGGGGUAGAUACGCCGCGGUACCGGCUAGCCACCUCUCCUACACCCUCUCCUCCGGCGAGGAUCUCCUGCAGCACCACUCGCCUACCUCCUUCGACCUCAUCACCUGCGCCGAGACCUUCCCGCUCAUGGACACGCUGCCCGCGCUGCACAACGCGUCUACCCUCCUGCGCCCCGGCGGGACCCUCGCCAUCUGGUUCUACGGCCCGCCGUUCUUCACGGAGGAAGCGUUCGCGGGUGCGUGUCAGCCGGUGCUCGACGCGAUCAUGGACCACAACUUCCGCCCCGUCGUCAACGGCGGCGGCGACGCGCAGAGAGAGGCGUGGAGGCGCGCGGCGGAUGGGAAGGCGAGUUGGCUGGACUACAUUCCGUUUGACCCCGCGACGUGGACGGAUGUGCAGCGGCAUAAGUGGAACACGCAGGCGCGGCUAUCCUUCUUUACCCCCGCCGCGUGUGGGUUUCCCGUCAAGCCGGUCAGUAGAGUGGAGGCGCACGAGCUGGUGAGUGAGGAGCGGGAUGCUGAUUUUUGGAAGGUGGAGUGGGAUGGGCGGAUGCUAAGGAGGUUUGUGAGGGCGAGUUUUCCGAAGACGAGGGAGGUGCUGGAGGGGAAGGAUGAGAUUAUGGAUGCGCUGUUUAAGAGGCUUAUGAAUGCGAUGGGGGGGCAGGACGCACGGAGGAAGCUUUCUUGGCCGGCUGUUUUGGUUCUGGCGAGUAGGAAAGGAGACAGUUGAGUAUAAGUAGGUAGGAUUCUGUUGUAAAGUACAUGGCAUACAUCUGUCCAGCAGUGCAGCAUUGCUCCCAGCUAACCUUACCAUUCAUUGAAUUCUCGCGUCUCGUCGAUGGUGACGAACUUGCCCGAUGUCUGCUCCCUUGUUGCCUUCUUGAUCUGCAUGAUGCUGGUCGAACACAAAAUCGGCAGACUUGUCAACCGGCACAAACGCUUGCUCGUAGCCGAAGUGCCGCGCACCGGUAUUUCCCAUAUCCGUCUGCAUGAACCUUCACCUUACCC